UUUUCUGCUCCCAUUAAAUUAGGGUGUUUUCACGAAAGUGACAAAGAGGUAACGGAUUGAUCAUGCGUUAGUAAAUGUUGAUAUUAUUUUCCUUUUGAACCUACCGUAAAAGACUAUCACUAGAAGGGCAAGGUGGGCGGAUGAUUGAAAAGGAAACCAGAUCACUACAGUAAAGUACUCGACCAUCGCCUCAGACGCGGGCUCUAGAUAUGACUUGAAGCUAGGAUAGAAGACAACCUCAUCUUGAAUCCUAAAUUAUAGAUGCAUUUGCUAAGCGGGGUGAAAUAAGAGAGGACAUCAACCUGCUGUCGUGUUUUAUAACAAGUAAAGUUAAGACAUGAAGCUAUGCUGCAGUAGAAGUGACAAUUAACAUGGCAACAGCAAGGUCACUCUCCAACCCUGACAAGGAGAAUUUUUUUCGUAUGAGUGUUUUAAUUGUAGAUUAUGCAUUGAAAGUAUUGCAAGAUGUUCUUCAAAAAGAGCUUGAAAAUAGGUAUCCCAAUUUAUUUGACCCUAACACAGGGUUGUUAUGUAGGGUGCUUGGUGAUGCAACUGUCAGGACAACACUGUUUGGAUUACCAUCAAGAGUGUUUAAUUACCACCAACGAAACCAGCUGUACCCUGCUAGGAAUCCCUCCACAUCAAUAACUAUUGGUGAUUUAGACAUCACACUGACUGUGCUUUUGCUGAGAAAUAUCACAUCAUUGAACCCACGUCCAGGGUUGAAUGCAUGGGACAACCCCUCUGACGCAGAUACAUCAACAGAAGCCACGAUUGGGAAAGUUAAAAGAUAUCGAAACAUUGUGUAUGGCCAUGCUAACAAGGCAGCAAUUAGUGCUCAAGAUUUUAGGGCACAUUUCUCAGAUCUCAAGUCCAUUUUGCGGUCUCUCUCUAGUAAGUUUACCAGUGAGGACUAUGAUUCCAUCUUGUCUGAACCUUUCAAUGCUGCUUCACUGGAGGAAAACCAGACCAUUCUGAAAGAAUGGUAUAAUUAUGACAAAGAUAUGAAAGAUUAUUUGAUGAGCAUGCAAGCUACAUUGGAAGAAAGUCAUGAACAAAUCAUACAUGGGUUGAAAGAAAGUGAAACAAAGUUGCAGGACCAUGUAGAACAGGUUCAUAAAAGAAGUGAAGACACUAUUCUUAGGAAGAUGGACAGUGACAAUCAGAAUACACAUAAUCAACUUGAGGAAAUCUCUCAAGGAAUCACACAUGUGAACGUAGAUCAGUCAGAGAUGGCCGACCAACUCCAACAGUCACAGAAGUUCAUGGAAGAGGUCACAAAUGCACAGAAAGAAGACUCACAGAAUAUACAAGCUCAGCUGGAAAAAGGAAGAGAAGAACUUGCAUCUUUAAGAUCAACACAAGGUCUGCACCUUCAAAUGACAAAAGAAAUGCAAGAAAAUGUCCAGACAAUAUGUGACAGAGACCGAGAUACACCAGAAUUUCAGAAAAUUCCAGGCUCAGUGGAUCUUGACAUCCAUAUGAGGAUCAGUCCUUCAGGCAUGGAAACAGUCAAAUCAUCAGCUAUCUUCUCCAGUAGUCAGAAGACACCAAGUCCAGAGGACACUCAGCCAGACAGGGAACCCUUACCCUCGGUGACAGGUGGAGGAAGUGAGGAAGACCAGAUCACUGGAAUAGCAGCUCAUCUGGAAGGUGAGGCAAUUAAGAACAUAACUCAGACAGAGAGCUCUGAUGAAGCACCAACUGCCUCAUCUCCUUCAGAAUCAGCUGUACAUAUACCUCUUCCAGAAGAUACUACCCCUCUAUGUGAAGCCAGAGACUUACACUUCAUGAAAAUGAGUGAGACUAUAAUGUCACGCACAACAAACUUUGAAGACAUUGAGAAGGCUAUUGGAUACAUAAAGGAAUAUCAUGCAAUGUUAUAUGAUACAAAGCGCCAGUGUUUUAUCCUCCGCUUGGUUUGUCCGUCAGUGCACUCACUGGACCAGCUGUGGCAAAGUUAUCACUGCGGUGAGCUACAGGCAGCUGUAGAAGAAAGUUUUGUCAACAUCAAGAACCUGGAGGAUUUGGGCCUGAGCCACAGCGACAUCAAUUUUUGGGUUGAAAUGGAGGAAGAUGAUUACAUUGAAUGUAGGAAAUACAUAAAGGAAAAUACAGAGUUGAAAGCAAUGAUUUACGAAGACUUGAAGAUGACAGUUCGUAAAGGUCCACAUGGCAGUGCAGAGCAGACUAUAUACGGCAUACGCCGAGCCCUGAUGGCAGCUUUCAGUCUACGGAAAGAAGACAUUCUGAUCAAAUGGUGGGACUAUGGACGUCCUGGUGACUCUGCUGUCAUAUGUUAUGGUAUACAACCUCAUCACGUGGAUCACAUUGAUGACAAUGUCCAGGAUUUACCCAAAGAUGUCCUCCGUGACCUAGGAGGAUUGACCAUCACUAUCGGCACAAACACUUUAAAAUUGACAGUUACCAAGACCAUCCCCAGGAGGAGUAGGUCUAGGUCUAGGUCUAGGACGUUGGAUGUCUCCAAUGUGCGCUCUUCUUCCAGCAAAAGACGAUUGGCUACUGGUGGAAAGAAGCCGAGAGACACCACCACACUUUCUUCUGAGACAGAAUCAACCGCUACUUCACCGGUUAAUGACGAUUUGUUGACACAGAGCAUUAUUGCUGAUCAAAAUGCAUCAAACACAGAUAUGCCAAGUGCUACUACCCCCUGUACUUCUUCUGACUCCUCUCUGCAAGAGACCAACGUUCAACAGCAAAUACCCAGUAUCAGCAGUCUGGGUGACAAUGUUUACACAGCUCAAGCAGCGUUCAGUGGUAGUGAGCCAGUGGUAGAGGUACCAGGUGAAGUGACUGAAAGAGAUGAAGGCAUAAGUAGACUGACAUCUGUCCCUCUGGAGCAUCAUGUCCAAGAUAGCGUCCCAACAGCGCAGGAAUUCUGUUUGCGCAAAUAUCAGCGCGAGUUGGCCGGCGAGGCCAUAAAAGGUACAAAUACCAUCAUCUGUGCCCCGACUGGAAGUGGCAAAACCCUGACUGUAGCAUAUAUCUGUCGCAUAAGAAGAAGCCAGUUGCUGAAAAAUGGCCAGAAAUUCAAAGCUGUUUUCAUCGUCUGUAUUAGAAAUCUAAUCCAGCAGCAAAAAGAUGCCUUCCAAACAAUUUUUCCACCCCAGGACAACAUCGUUGGUGCCGUAAGUCAGACAUCGGACAAUUUGAAGAGCUGUUUGUUGUACAAUGACAUUGUGAUGCUAACAGCACAGAUUCUUGUCAAUGCUAUUAAAGAAGGAGAUGUGAAAAUCACCGAUUUCAACCUAAUGAUAAUGGAUGAAUGUCACCACACAGAUUUGGAUCACCCAUACAACAUGAUAAUGAGGUUGUACAUGACGGAGAAAAAGAAUCGAGAUCAAAUAGGGGAGUCUACAGAGUGCCUUCCUCAGAUUAUAGGGCUGUCAGCCUCUCUGGGGACUGGAAAGGGAAGUGAUCCUCUGCAGCACUAUUAUCGGGUCUGCGCCAAUUUAGACUGCUUCACCAUCAGUCAUGUGAGGAACCCAGUGAAUGAAAAAGAGCUGCUUUGCAUUAACCCCAAACCUAAAAAAGAUCAGAUCAAACUGGUACCGCCUCGGUCUUCUGCUGAUCCCUUCGCCUUAAUGGUAAAACAAAUGAUGGAAGAAAGUGAAAGUGAAGUCAACUUUCCCAUGGGGACAUUUAAGAACUUUGAUAAGGGUAGUCAGGGAUACGAAAAUUGGGUCAUUGAAAAUAGAAACGAAGCCGAGCACCAAGCACUUCAUACACCUGAAAUGCGUAAUACUGUGAUAACUUGUCGAUUUCUAAGAGAUCUGAAUUCUGCCCUUAUGCUGUAUGAUGACCUUAGAGGAAAAGAUGCCCUGGAAUUCCUAACAAAAAAGAUUGUGAAUGAUGACCACAGUAUUCACAGUGAGUUGCCUGAGGUUGAAAAGAAGUUAAGGAAAAGAUUUUUGAGCCAGUAUGGAAGAUUGCAAUCCCAUUGUGAGAAAGAGUCUUCAACAUCAAACAAAAUGCUGGAAGAGCUGUACAGGCUGCUGACUGAACAGUUUGAAAAAAAUCCAGAAUCUAGGGGAAUCGUCCUUAUAAGAACCAGAGAAGGCUGCUCUGCCCUAGAGAGGUGCAUUCAUGAGAACAUUGACCAGAGAUUGGUGCGUGUGGGGAGGAUGACGGGGCAAAGCGGAGACACCAGUAUGACUGACGUCCAGCAGCUGAAAGUGAUUAAGGCCUUUAAGAAAGGUCUGGCUGAACCUGAUGGAAUAAAUCUUUUGGUUGCCACAGAUGUCGCACAGGAAGGUUUAGACAUCCCAAAAUGCAACUUGAUGAUUCGGUACAACUUUGUAAGCAAUGAGAUUGGCACGGUUCAAUCUAAAGGCCGUGCAAGGGCCAAGGAGAGCGAGUGUUAUCUCAUUGUGCCAGAUGGUUCAAUUAAUGCUGCCAGAGAGUUUCAGAACAUGUCAAAGGAGCAUGCAAUGAUGGAGGCUCUGAAGGACUUUGACAAACUGGACCCCGAGGAAGUGAGGAGGAACAUUAAGGUGAAACAGGAUGAACUGUGGGGCAGACAUCUUCAAUCACAAGCCCAAAGUAGUGCAAGACGGUCAGAACUGGAUGAUGGAACAGAUGUUAAAGUUCUGUGUAAAGAAUGCAAGACUAUUUUAUGCAGAGGAAAUUUUAUCAUUAAAAAGGGAAGUCACUAUAUCUGUGUAGAUCCAGAAUUUCCAAAGAAGAUUAAAGUGGAAACAGUACAAAGAAGAGACUUUAGAACUGAUGCACAAAUUG